AUGGCCGGCGGUUAUUUCGACCUACCGAUAUUUACCUCCAGGCGUUCAAACCAUACUGAUGAAUACCUUGGUGGGAACAGAUCUGCCCCAGGGCCACGUACUUCUCCCCUUGCAAGCCCCAAUGACAGCUCGUCUCAGGAUAGACCGUUGGACUCCAGCAAUACUCAGGGCAGGCCUCGGAAUGCGGGCAUUCUGAAGAGUACGAAUCGUGUGAAAUUCACCGCCAGCGAGGCCGGCAUUCAACCAGCUCCUGCAGCGGGAUCGACGCCAGAGAUCCGGUUUGACGGAAGGGGCUUAUCACUACCUCAACGCCCAUUGCCCGCCGCCGCCAGCAUUCCAUCUGCAGACAGAGCUUUCCAAGCAUUACCCUCGGUGGAGACCGCCUCCAACGUACCCGCAGGUGUCACGGGCCUCGCGGCCCACCCCCGAGUGAGCCCACCAGAGAUUCCUGGAGAUGAUGAGAUCAGUAGGGAGAAGGGUAGAGCCAUUCAGUUUGCUCAGGAGCGCGCCCAACGAUUGGCGUCCGUGCUGGGGCGUCCUACAAAAUCUCCGAAGCCAAGCCCCCGAUCGAGUGUGCCGUCAUCGCUUGCCUCGACUCCCGAGGUGGUGCUGCCCUCCGAAGACGGUGAUGAAAUUCCCAUGAUCAGCCUCUCUGAGAAAAACUUCUACGACGAUUUCACCGACCAGGACGAAGAUAACCUCGUAGAUGGACGGAAACCCACUCGCACUGAAGAGGCCCAUCAACUCGUUCGACAAAUGACCCGCAAAGACUUCAACUUUCUGACCAGAAUCCGCGCUCCGUCCUCGGGGCUCCGUUCUGGUCAGACCACUCCUCUCGAAGAGAGGGACCCAGACGCCUACGUCGAACCCCCGACCCAUUACCGGGGCGGCAUCCUCUCGUCUCUCCUCAAACUCCACGACCAAUCCGGCAACCCCUACUCGCGCGGCCGAUAUGUCCACUCCCGCCAGAGCAGUCUGGGGGAGAUCAGCAGCCGGGGCGCCUCUCCCGACUCCGGCUGGAAAUCCCAUCGGCCGCGGAAGUGGUAUGAAAAAUCCCCUAGCCAGUCGAGCACCUCGCUCUCCGGCUCGACAACCAAGACCUCUUCGAGCUCGCCCAUCGCAAUGCUCAAGCGCUCGCGGAGCAGCGGUCCGACACCCGGCAUGGGUAAACGCUGGGGCAAGCCGCAGCUAGAAGACGAGAUCCGCAUCACCGUACACAUCGCGGAACUCCUCUCGCGCCAGCGAUACCUCAUCCGGCUCUGCCGGGCACUCAUGAAGUAUGGCGCGCCGACCCACCGUCUCGAGGAAUACAUGACCAUGACGGCUCGGGUUCUGGAGAUCGAUGGCCAGUUCCUGUACAUACCAGGCUGUAUGAUCAUCUCGUUUGACGAUGCGUCCACGCACACCACUGAGGUGAAAGUGGUGCGGUCGCCGCAGGGCGUCGACCUGGGCAAGCUUUCGGAUGUACAUACGAUCUACAAGGAGGUGAUCCACGACGUGAUCGGAGUGGAGGAAGCCAUCCAACGGCUAGAGGAGGUGAUGAAAGCGAAGAACAAGUACCCGGUAUGGAUGCUCAUCCUGGUCCACGGAUUCGCCUCCAUGUCGGUAGCACCGUUUGCGUUCAACGGCCGCCCCAUCGACAUGCCGAUCGCCUUCCUGCUGGGCUGCCUGCUGGGCGUGCUGCAGCUGGUCCUGUCGCCGCGCUCGAACCUCUACUCCAACGUGUUUGAGAUCUCCGCGGCGGUGUUGACCUCGUUCCUCGCGCGCGCCUUUGGCAGCAUCCGCUAUGAGGGGGAGCGGCUCUUCUGCUUCUCGGCAUUGGCGCAGUCCUCCAUUGCGCUCAUCCUUCCGGGGUACAUGGUGCUGUGCUCCAGCCUGGAGCUACAGUCGCGCAGCAUUGUGGCCGGCUCCGUGCGCAUGGUCUACGCCAUCAUCUACUCGCUCUUCCUCGGGUUCGGCAUCACCAUCGGCACGGCCGUCUACGGCCUGCUCGACUCGGACGCCUCGAACGAUUACACGUGCCCGCCCUCGCCGAUUCGCAACGAGUACCUCCAGCACUUCCCCUUCGUGAUCCUCUUCACCCUCUGUCUCGCGCUGGUCAACCAGGCCAAAUGGAAGCAGAUCCCCAUGAUGCUCCUCAUCGCGUUCGCCGGGUACGUGACCAACUACUUCGGCGCCAAGCGCUUCGCCUCCUCCACGCAGGUGUCCUCCGCUCUCGGCGCCUUCGUCAUCGGCGUCCUUGGCAACCUCUACAGCCGCCUGCGCCAUGGCCUCGCCGCCGCCGCGAUGCUCCCGGCCAUCUUCGUUCUCGUCCCCUCCGGCCUCGCCGCUAGCGGCUCCCUCAUCUCCGGCAUCGCCUCCGCCCAGUCUAUCACCUCCAACGCUUCCCCCUACGCCGUCAUCUCGAACGGCACUCAGGGCUUCGUCGACGCCGCGCGCAACAUGACUCAGGCCUCCGCGGAUCAGUUCCACGGCGUCGUCUUCGACAUCGGCUAUGGCAUGGUCCAGGUCGCCAUCGGCUUUACGGUCGGUCUAUUCCUUGCCGCGCUGGUUGUCUACCCACUCGGCAAGAAACGAAGCGGCCUGUUUAGUUUCUGA